GUUUCUAAACAUAGUUUCUGUCGCGUAUCAACAUCAACCUGUUGAUAGUGUUCACUGUAUACUAAAAUUGUUAUUGAAAUAAAAAGCGACAACGAAAAUUUUUGUUUAUUCUAAAAAUUUAUCGCAUUGAAACGCUGAAAGUUGCCUUUCGUCGCAAGAUGGCGCACUUUCUCAAUUUUGGUCGUCUGCUAAGACGAAAAGACUGUCGGGAUAACUAUGAUAAGAGAAGACACCUGUAAUCAUGAGCUUCUGCACUUUGAAGGGGAUUUAAAUAAGAGAAUGGGUGAAAGAGAAAGCGAGUGACCUCUUCAUAUUUAGUUGUAUUCUUUUUAAAAGUAUUCGUUCAUUUUUUAAAUCUUUCUGAUGUUUAAAAAGUUUCUUUUUCUUGUUAAGUUUGCUUAAAAUAGAUUCGGAAAUUCCCUCUAAAGUGAAAACGGAUACAGCAAGUUUUUGUUUCACUUCAAGAGUUAAACCAUGACGUCAAGCGCACACCAGAAUGCCUUAUAUGGCGCCGACACGUCGCUGUCUCGGUACAGUGCCGUCAGCACCAUCAGCGCCCACCAGAAUGGAUGCUGCUGCUGCUGCUGCGAACACCACCAGCACCGGCGGAGCUACCACAACGACCUCCACGACGACCUUCAAAUCAACAACAACAACAACGGAGGCCCCGGCGGUGGGGGCAGGGAGCAUCCCGGCACGCUCCCCAUGCCGGACAACGCCAGCUUCAGCCUGUCCACCACCUCCAACGGCUCGGUGGUCAUCUCGGACAGGAGGCUGUGUGACUGCGAGGCGCUGAAGAAGGGCGCCAGAAAGAAGAAGAAGGAGAAAGAGGAGAAAGGCGAGGGCAUGAAGGCGAGGCGGCUCUUCUUUCUGAUCAUCAUUUUCGUGGUGUACGUCUGCAUCGGCGCCGCUGUGUUCAACGCCCUGGAGGCGGGCGCCGAGCAGGAAAGGAAAAACGACCUCCAACGCACCAUUGAAGUUUUUCUGGAAACACACCGCUGUUUGAACAGAACAGCCCUGUACGACCUGUUGAAAAAAGCUGUCGUGGACAGCGAGAUAGUCUACUACGUAGUGGAGAACAAGACCCACCUGGACAGGUGGGACUUCAGCGGCGCCUUCGGUUUUGUCGUGUCGGUGGUGACCACCAUAGGCUUUGGUAAUUUAGCGCCAUUCACCAUGGAGGGUAAAGCGGUGUGUGUCGUCUAUUCAGUCUUCGGGAUUCCUCUCACACUGUUGGUCCUGGGGGGUAUAGGAGAGAAGAUGGCGUCGUGUGUUUCCAAAGUGCGUAAAUGUAAGAACCCUUACUGCCACCACUCAUCAAAGGUCAACCGGAUGUUGAACAUCCUCUACGUCAUGAUCCUGGGCGUGGCUAUCAUCUUCCUUGCUCCGGCCGCCAUGUUCACUUAUGUCGAGCAGUGGCACUUCCUGGAGUCUUUGUAUUUCUGUUACACAACUCUGAGCACUAUAGGCUUCGGUGAUUACGUUAUAGGUAUCCACGAGACACGCCUCAGCAAGUUCGCCGCCCACGAAUUCUACGAAGUGUUCGCCUACGUCUGGAUCCUCGUGGGCCUGGCCUACCUGUCCCUCAUGUACAGGUACAUCACGGACACCAUGGUGGCCAACGCCCAGAAGGUGGAGAGGACUACAAUUAAGCGGUUAGGGCCCGAGUUAAACAAAAGUUUCAGCACUCUCCUUUCACCAACUGCUGUCUCAAAUCUUGAGCUCACGUCUUCCGCACCACCUACGGGCGCCAACGAUUCUGUUUCCGUCCAGGGCGACGUCAGGGACCCGUCGAGGAACAGUCUGCUGUGCGAAUCUGCUGACGUCACGCGUGACCAGAGAGGAAGUCGAAACCGGCUUUCCGUGCCAUAGCAACGUGCCUGGCAACGCUCCCCGCCCAAACCAAGGCAGCUCUUCUAGCUUGGAGUUAGCUUCCAUUGCCUGAGAAACAAUGGCAACAAAAUAGUUCGCGAAAAUACUUUUUUUUUUUACAUUAGAUAUUAGAUAUUUAAAAAUAAAAAAAAAAACACAACGCUAGAUUUAUAGAAAUAUUUUAGACAGAUAAUAAUUCGGAAAGAAUUUAAAAAGAGCUUAACCUAAUGUUUUCAAAAGUUACGGACGCAAAUGAAAAGAAGAUUAUGGAUGAUUAUGUCCUACGAGUGGCCAGGUGUUUUGAGGUGUAUGCCAGAUAAUAUGUAACUAGAAAGAUUUCUGCUGUGGCAAGAGUGAAAGAGUAUUGCCACUGGAUAUCGUUUUUCUUUCUUAAAGUUUCUUUGUCAUCCUCACUGAGCUUAUACAUAAACGGAUAUCGUAAGCGCAAACAACAUUUUCUGGGAACAGUAAUGUCUCCUUUCUUUACAGGAGCGUAUCUUAAAAUAUAUAGGGUUAAAAUGUAUAGCAUU